AUAUUUGUCUAUCCUUGAUUCUGCUUUCUCAAGAUUUCCACCCCCUUCAGUGCCUUCAUUCCUUCGCCGCGGGCAACAUUCACCGGAUCCGCUACUGUUGCUAUCCUACCAAUUUCCUCCUCCCCGCGCGACUUUUGAUAUUCGCGGUUCUCGAGCCAACCAAACCUCCGGCGAAUUUCCCAUUCAACUUGAAGGAUACAGAUUGAUCACCUUGGACGACCGUUGUUGCCAGCCAUUGCAUACCUUUCGCUUUCUUUUUACGCACCACCGGACUUCGGAAGAGCUGGGUGGAUUAAACAACAAUCACAGCCUAAUUUCGACCUAGUCAAGGACAAUCCCAAUGAGAGUUCAGUGAGCACAGUGUUUCAGAUAUCUCGGCGUUCUGGCUCUCUACUCCCCGGCUCUUCUCGCAAGUGUUAUUGAACCUCGACUGUCCUGCCAUAUGUCUCUCCCAGUACUCCCGCCGCAGCCUCAUCUCCCCACACUACACCCAGUCACACCCACCAUCGCCCACUACUCGCGGACGGACAGUGCAAGAAAGCGAUCCUACGAGCCGGUGACACACAAUUCGGACCAUUGGACUGUUCCCUUCCGGGACGGUCUUCCAACGCCUCCCAGCGAUAUGAACGGAAUUGCUACCUAUAACGUCAUUCCGUCGUCCGCCUAUGGAUCGAAGCUAGAUGGAGUCACCUUGCCUCCGUACGCCAAAGUCUCCGAUUAUUCGCGCAGGGACUACGAUGGAGCGACUACCAUGAUCCCUGCAUCCAAGCCAUACUAUCAGCCACCGGCUAAGGAGAAUUCGACCCGCGAGCAGGACAGCCAGAAGAAGAGCAGUACCAAUUCUGCAGCCUCGUAUCUGCAAAUCCCAUCGACGAUCAACAAUAGCAAGGGGAGUCUAGCCGAGUUCGCUGCACAGAUGACAUGUCUCUUUUGGUUCGAGAGUGCAGCCCAGCUUAAGGCGGUGGAGGACCGUUCGCCCUCGGCCGGUCCUCUUGCCCCUGAGACGAUGCCGACGAUGGGCUUCCAAAAAUGGGUGACUAACAUUCUCUCCACGACCCAGGUGAGCCAGAAUGUGGUCUUGCUGGCUCUCAUGUUCGUUUACCGCCUCAAGAAGUUCAAUCCCGGGGUGCGAGGGAAGAAGGGUAGCGAGUACAGGUUGAUGACCAUUGCACUCAUGCUGGGUAACAAAUUUCUCGAUGACAACACGUACACCAACAAGACAUGGGCUGAGGUCUCGGGUAUCACGGUACAAGAAAUCCAUAUCAUGGAAGUCGAAUUUUUGAGCAACAUCCGCUACAAUCUGUUCGUGUCAAAAGAGGAAUGGGGUGAUUGGCAUGUCAAACUGGGUCUUUUCGCGGAUUACUUCAAUAAAGCCCCUCGGGUUGUGGAAAAGAGUGAUAGACCGGCUGCUCCUACCGCGCUCCGAGUUUCCCCCAAUCUGGGCCCCAUUCCCCGCGCAGCGCUGUGCUCGCCUUCAAAGUUGCCAUCGCCCCCUGCGACGGAUUCUUUGCGCUCCUACAUCUGGCCACUGCCAUUGAACGCAGUGUCUUAUGCCGGGGGAGUGUGCCAGCUACCGCCCAGUGACAUGCCACUGGCUAGCAGUCACCAAAACCCGCGCAAACGGAGCCGCGACGAGGCGGUGGAGGAGCUUCCGUCCAAGAGAAAUACUGCCGCCAUGGUGCCGAAUCUGCCAUCGUCCUCCGCCCUGACCAACAUCCCCGCCUUGCCGCUUGUUAUGACAUCGACAGCAGCAUCAGCAUCAACAUCGGUGCCUGCCCACAUCCCUCCCAUGCCCAUGCCCGACGCCGUCUCUCGUCUUCCCCGGCCCAACUUCCCUUCUCUCACCAUGGCCCCGGCUAUGCCUCCUGCCGUCUCUUCAGUGCCUCAAUUACCUUCCACCAGCCGUGUGAUGCCGCCGGUCUACCCGCCUCCCAAUACCUGGAUUUCACAGCAGAUGCCCACCACCACGACUGUGGCUCCUACCGUUCCUCCUCUAAACAGUGGUCUGUACGCCUCACUCCCCGACCCUAGCAGACACCACAACAGUCCCUUUGCGAUUUCAUCAGCCACCAUCUCCCCCGCCGUGUCCGCCUACUCCGUCACCCCUCAGACACAUCUGUCACCAUCCUUUUUCCUCGCCAACCGCAAUUCACCGUACCGACCCGUUCGCAGUGUCAACACUCUGCUUAUUCCACCUCCCUCCACUUCUCUUCAGCAGCAGCGCAGCGUCCCCUUCGAUCACAUGCACUACCAACCUCUGGGAAAGACAGCUGCGGAACGCAAGACGGGCGUGCUGCCAUACCUUCAUCACGAAGCCUGGCCUACCGGGCCCAUUGCUCAGCCCAUGUUCCACACCAGCUUCAACUUUUCAUGAAUAGACAAAAAGUCUUUU